AGCGAGAAUGAGGAUGUUUGACGUGUUUUGGCACGUCUGGGCUUCCGUUAGAAGUCGGCAUUUUAUGGUGGAAGUUGGUGUAUUUGUUCGUGAUUGAUUUAUAUUAGACACAGUUUUGCACCAAGAAGCUACCCAUGUCGUCGGACGCCCUGAAAAAACGAAAGUCGAAGGUUCUCCGAAGUGAAGGAGGAACCCCGGAGAUGAAGCGGGGUCGCGGAGAGGGAGACCAGCAGGAUGUGCGUGUUUAUCAUGAGGAGGUGGAGCUUGAUGGCAGGGACCCUCAGCAAGACUUCCUCCUGUACAAAGAAUCAUGUGAGAGUCUGGCUAGUCUCAUGAGUGAGAUCCAAGAGCUUAAGGCCAACGGAGCUAAGGAGGGGUGUGCAGAGGUUGAGAAGAGACGUAUGCAGAGCUGCAUCCACUUCAUGAAUCUGAAAAAGCUCAAUCGACUUGCUCAUAUGCGUCUAAAGAAAGGCAGAGACCAGACACAUGAGGCAAAACAGAGAGUCGAUGUGCUGCACCUUCAGCUGCAAAACCUGCUGUAUGAAGUUAUGCAUCUUCAGAAGGAGAUCAGCAAGUGUCUGGAGUUCAAGUCUAAGCAUGAAGAAAUAGACUUGGUGAGUGAAGAAGAGUUUUACCAGGAGGCACCGCCAGAAAUUUCCAGGCCUCACCUAACAAAAAAUGACCCCCACCAACUCACACUGGCACGACUGGACUGGGAGCUUGAACAGAGGAAGAGGUUGGCAGAGAAAUACAAGGAAUCACUAGCCUCAAAGGAGACAAUUCAGAAGAGCAUUGAGGUGAAGAAGGAGCAUCUGAGAAGCUUGCAGCCAGGUCUCAAUGCCAUCAUGCAGGCCUCCCUUCCGGUGCAGGAGUACCUGUCCAUGCCUUUUGAACAGACUCAGAAGCAGACAGAGGUUGCUCGCCACCUGCCCCCACCCCUCUAUGUCCUGUUUGUUCAAGCAAAUGCUUAUGGCCAGGCCUGUGACAAGAACCUGCAUGUCUCCAUUAGUGGUGAUGUGGAUGAGGCCAAAGCCCUGUCCAAACCACCAGAAGAUUCCCAAGAUGAUGAGAGUGAUUCUGAUGCAGAGGAGGAGCAAGAGAAAACGAAGAGAAGGCGGCCAACUGCAGGUGGCCAGCUGGAUGAUAAAAGGCGUGAGAUGCUAAAGAGACACCCUCUGUCCUUAGGCAUUGACUUGAAGUGUAAAGAUGGCAGUCUACUCCAUCUCUACUUCUACUACCUGAUGAAUCUGAACAUUAUGACUGUCAAGACCAAGGUGUCCACCUCCACUGACCUCAACACAGCCAUCAGUGGAGGUGAGCUCCUGAAGUCAGACACUCUCCUCAGCUGUCUCUACACCAGUGACCAGGGAAGAGAAACACCCAAUCCAGCUAAUCGUUACCAGUUUGAUAAAGUCGGGAUCCUUUCCUUUGCGGAUUAUGUGGAGGAGCUGGGCCAUCCCUACAUGUGGGUUCAGAAGCUCGGAGGGCUUCAUUUUCCUAGUGACGCUUCGGAGGGUGUGCGUGUGGGCAGUUCUCUAAGUGCGAGCCACAUGGAGAACACCAUGAAGCUGCUGAGGGGACGAGUCCAGUCCCGCUUGGCUUUGCACAGACAGUUUGCCUCUUUGGAGCACAGCAUCAUCCCCAUCUCCAGUGAGUGUCAGCACCUCUUUCCUGCCAAAAUUAUCUCUCGUUUAGCACGCUGGACCACAAUCAGUUACCAGGAGUACCUGGAACUGCCAUAUACACGUCAUGUGACUGAUGCUGGGCUGGCAAAGGAGACUGAUCUGUACUUUAUGGGAGUGGUUGAAAGAGGCACAGCUCGUCUCCAUGCUGCAGUAGUGAUGAGUCCAAGAUACCCAGAGAUAUCUCCUCUCUUCUCCCUCUCUCUGAGCUGGAAGGGAGAGCGCAGUGGACGCACUGAUGACAACCUUCGAGCCAUGGAGAGUGAGGUUAAUGUGUUCAAAAAUGAACUACAAGGACCACGUCCUGGACACCAGCUUUUGACCAAUCAGAUUUCACGACUGUGCGUCUGCCUGGAUGUUUAUUUGGAGACGGAAGGACAAGAUGACAGUGUGGAAGGACCACGAGAGUUCCCCCGUGAAAAGAUGUGCUUGCGCACUGUCAGGGGUCCAAAUCGUCUGAAGCCAUUCAAGUACAACCAUCCUCAGGGUUUCUUCAGUCAUCGCUAAAUCAGUGUGUGUAUAUAUAUAUAUAAAAAAUGCUCCUUCUGUAGUUUACCACUCUUAACUCCCUCAAGAUUACCUUUGUGAUUGUUUGAUACAAAAAGUAUCUUUUUUUAAAGUCUUCAUACCAGUUUGAAAAUAAA